CCAGGGAUGGGACACUGCUCACCACCUUGGUCUGGAUGACUCCAGUGCAUUUUCUUGGCAUACCAGCUCCCUUUCCCAGCACCCGGCUCAGCCAUCAGUGAUGCUGGAGAGCAGUUGCCAGGCGGGCAGACUAGCCACAGGCCUUCGGUCCAUCUUGGACCUUCUGCUGGGCUGGCAACAACUGUGGGCCAGGAGCUGGGCGGAUGUGUGCCCCGUGGGGGGAAUCCCUGCUACCUUCAUCAUCACCCCCUCCUGAGCGGCCAGCUUGGCCCCUGUGCCCCAGGAGGGUACAAAAGGAGGCUGGGAGCAGUGGGGUCAGCAGGUUCAGACGCAGCCAGAGGCAAAGGAGGCAGCUGUGUGCCGCCAGCUUCGAGCAUCCUAGUGCCGGCACCAUGACCAUCUUCUGCAGCCACUGCCACAGGCCGCUGCAGGCAGAGAUGAGCUGCCUGCCCAGGAGGGGCAAGCAGGCGCCCGCUGCCUCGAAGCCGUUCAGAUCAACCAAGAGUGCCUCCAAGGCUCGCCGGGACCAGAUUAACGUGGAGCUGCAGGCGCUGCGCUCCCUGCUGCCCAUCUCCGCACGGGAGAAGGAGCGGCUCUCCUACCUCCACACCAUGGCCCUGGUGUGCCUCCAGCUGCGGGGAGCUCAGAUGUUCCCUCCAGACUCGGCUCCUCCUGCAGGACCCGCCCUCGGCACAGAGCUGCUCUCCCUGUUGCCAGGGUUUCUGCUUGUGCUCUUGGCCAACGGCAAGCUGGUCUACAUCUCGGAGAACGUGGCUCAGGUCCUGGGCCUCUCUGUGGUGGAGCUGCUCGCCCAGGGGGACACAGUCUUUGACAUCCUAGAUGGGCAAGCAUGUGAGGAUGUGCAGAAGAAGCUCCUCCUCGCCCAGGAGGAACCGGGCAGGGAAGUCACAUUUGUCAGCGAGAUGCGCACGUCCAAGACCUUCCGGCUGCAGUAUGGGGGGAAUCGGGCUGUGGCAGUGUGUGGCCGCUUCACAGCCUUGCGCUGGUCGGCCUCCGCCACAGCCUUCCUGGCCCUCUGCACGCCAGUCAUGCGGUUGCAUGCAGACAGCACUGCCAGUUCCCAGGACAACUUAUUCCAGAGCACGCAUGUCUUAGACAUGACCUUUACUGAUGUCACGGAGAGUGUUACCUACCACCUUGGCUACUACAAGGAGGAACUGAUCGGUCAGUCGUGGUACAGCCUCCUGCACCCUGAGGACACUGACCUAGCAGCUGCCCAGCACAGGGCUGUGGUGCUCGGGGCCGGGACCGCAUCGGGGAUGGCCGUGCUGCGCGUGCUGCGCAGGGACCGGACCUGGGCCUGGCUCCGCGUGUCGGCGCGGCGGGACGGCGGGGGCCACGUCAUCACCUGCACCAGCCACUGCCUCAGGGAGGAAGAGGCGGCCUACCUGCGCGCCCGAGAGCACCGCCCCACGCCCCGUAACACGGCGGCGCCGCCGCCCACGCCUGUCGCCGCCCCGCCGCCGGGACGGGAGCUCAGCCUGCUGGCCGCACAGCUCCGCGCCCUGGCCGACAGCCUCUCGCCGCCCGCCGCCGCUCCGGCCUGGCCCGAGGCCGAGGCCUUCCCCCCGGGCCCGCACGACACCGCCCUGACCCGUCUCCUGGGCGACGCGUUGGAGGGGGCGGAAGCCCCUGUCGCGCACGCGCAAUACGUGCCCUGCCCGCACCAAUAA